AUGGUCAAGGGCGACCCGAUCUACUCCCUCACCGCCAACAAGCACGGGCUGCACGUUCGCUUCAGCAACCUGGAGUCCAUCGAAGACUACCACGACGGCUUGGACAUGCCGCUGGACUGGGAUGCCGCCACCGGGGAGUGGGUGCACGUGGAGAUCAUCACCACCUUUGGACAGUCCAUGGAGGUGAACAUCUCUGGAGCCGUCAGCGGAAAGGCUGUCUGGCCGAGUGACCUCAAGCCCGUGGCCUGGCACCGCGACUCCGAAAUGGUCCGGAUGAAGCUGGGUCUCUACCACUCCAUUCACAAUGUUCAUGACCAGGAGGUCAUCUAUCAGGAUAUUUCGAUCGAGGGACCGAACGGCAUCAUCCGGACAAGCCCCCACGUCGACGACCCGACAAACACGUGCUCCGUCGAUUCCUCUGGGCAGUGCCAGCAGACAGACAUCACGUGCACAGCUCUCAGCGGCAACACCAUCGACUGGGAAUGCGUUUUCGGCUACGGUUCUUUGGUGGAGGUUGAGGCGCGGGGAGGGACAUUGACCUCGUGCUCUGCCGGCACGAAAGUAGAACCCUGCUCCAGGUUCAUCGUCCCCGAAGACAAAGAGCGCGCCGAAGUCUUGGUGCAGCAAGGCGUCGGGGGCUUCCAGUUCGCAAAGGGCGAGACCUACAUUUUCAAGUACAGCUUCAAAGCGAAGGACGGCAUGAAGGUUUCCGGGUCCUCCAGCCGGUUGGGCCAGAUGAAAGGCGUUUCGGGAGGCUUUCAGCUCUUGGGAAACCCCCUGUUCUCCGUCACGGCCAACAAUGACGGAAUCAACGUACGUUUCAACAACGAUGAAUCCGACAUUGUCGAGGGUAUGGACGAGUUCCUGAGCUGGGAGGACGCCACAGGAGAGUGGGUCAACGUCGAAAUCCAGACGACCUUCGGGAAGUCCAUGGAGGUCCACUUCUCGGGCGCGGUGGAGGGUAAGGCGGUGUGGCCUUCCAGCUACAAGCCCGUGGCCUGGAAUAACGACGCCGACACGAUGAUGUUCAAACUCGGACUUUACCACAUCAGGAACAAGGUGGCCGACGCGGAGGUGGAGUAUAAAAACAUCUCCAUCCAAGGACCCGCCGGAACAAUCAGGACUAGCGCCUUAGGCGUCAAAAACCACGGCAGUCCCGAGGGAGUUAUGUACCUCGGAUGCGUGAAGGACAGCCGCGACGACCGCCUUCUGGAUAGCGUAUACCGGAGCAGCGACUUGACGACCGAGAUGUGCGCCACGUACUGCGAGGGCGACGACUUUUUCGGGAUGCAGUACGGCUCAGAGUGCUGGUGCGGAUCUACAGAUGAGAAGGACGACGAAGACCUCUUCCGCCACGGCUCGACCACCUGUGAAUACCCUUGCGCUGGAGACGAAGAGCAAACCUGUGGCGGCUACUGGGCCAUAUCGUUGUACGAGUACGGCAGCGCUCUCGCAACCGACAUCCCGGAGGGAUCAAGGUACCUUGGCUGCUACAGCGACCAUCGCUUCGAACGUGCUCUGUCCCUGAAGCUCACGACGAGCAACGACAUGACACACGAGUGGUGCAUGGAUUUCUGUUCCGAGUUCAACGCCAAGUACUUCGCCGUCCAGUGGGGGAGAGAGGGACGGCCCCAAAACGUCUCCGUGGCGAUGACAAACCACUGUUUGCGUUCGUCGAGGACUGCACGGGCUUCACUACGCACGAAGUGAGUACGCGUACAUUCAUGUAAUUUUGUUUGUCCAAACAUUAACAAACCGUUCCGGUCUCUGCUUAGUCCCUCCACACAUCCUUACCGACCCAACGACACGGACGCAGUCCGUGGUCACAGACCCAACUACCGAAAAAAGGGCACACACUUCAACUUCCGAAAAAAGGGUACACACACGUCAGCUACCCCAAAAAGGUACACACUUCAACAACCCCAACAAGGGUACACACUUCAACAACCCCCCAAAGGGUAUACACUUCAACUCCGGAAAAAAGGAUACACACUCCAGCUACUACCCAAAAAAGGCACACACUUCAACAACCCCAAAAAGGGUACACGCUUCAAAAACAACCCAAAAAAGGGUGCACACUUCUGGCACGUGGAAUCAGAAAUCACCAAU